UCGCCAGACGGCCUGCUGAGAGGUUGGGUGCAGUGUCUCUCUCAUUGCCUGGUACCCCAGUGUAUAACAUUAACUCUAAACCUACUAACCGGCAUAUCGGUGUCGCCCGCUGUACCAUACAGUGGUCGCUUAACCAGUGCUCGACGCUUGUACAACAUUUCCUCCUCUGUACCGGCCUCUUCUACACUACACUAAUCAUUUCCUGUAUCACUGUACAGCGCUUCGUCCAUACUGUACCGGCGUCUGAUUCUUAACUGUAACUUUGUACCCACUUAAGAAGUGUACCGAUCCACCCGCCUUCAUGUGAAGAACCUUGUGUGUAUGUGUAUGUGUAUGGGUGUAAGAGUGUGUAUGAGUGUGUAUGGGAAGUGUUACAUAUUUGUGUUUAAACAAUAUUAAUGAAAAUAUAAACUAAAAGUAAAAAAAAACAUAAUCAUGUUAAUUUAAUAAACAAAAUUGAAAAACAAUGUCUCGGCAAAUAUACAUAAGAUGAACAAGAUAUCUAUACACCAAUUUAAUGAAAAGGAACAAGAGUUAUACAUAGUUAUACACCUUGUAUAUAGAUAUGUAUAACUUUUACAUAGAACAAGAGUUAUAUAUAUACCCUGUGUACUUGUUAAAUUAAAAACAUACAACUAGCAGUACAAAAAAAGUAGGGAACAAACAAGAAACUGGAAAUAGACAAUAAACAAGAAACUGGAAGUAGACAAUAAACAAGAAACUGGAAGUAGACAAUAAACAAGAAACUGGAAGUAGACAAUAAACAAGAAACUGGAAGUAGACAAUAAACAAGAAACUGGAAAUAGACAAUAAACAAUAAACUGGAAGUAGACAAUAAACAAGAAACUGGAAGUAGACAAUAAACAGCAAAGAAACAACAUCAAAGAAAAACACCAAACAAGGUGUUAAGAACAAACAUACCAAGGAUCCAAGAAGCACACACAAGCAAACAAUGAACAAACAACAGCAAACAAACUGAUCGAGGCACUGGAAUCAAUUAGAUGAGGCGCGUUUGAUCGCUGGCCGGAGGAGGAGACAACACAACAGAGUGCGACGAUGAAGGUGUUGAGGGACUGGUUCUGUCUACGUCGGCUACAGCUGCUCCUCCUCCUGCGUCUGGCAGUGUGUCUGGAGGAGGACGGGACUGCCGAGGUGGGUGACGACGAUGCUGGAGGAGGAGGAGACGAAGGAGGACCACGACUGAGGACUCACGAAGGACCUCAUUUCCUCCACGACCGUCUCAACCUUAACGUCUCGGUCCAGUUAGCCUCCACCGCCUACCUCCACUGUCGCAUUGCCGGACUCAAGGACCAGUCGGUGUCGUGGUACAGAAAGAAAGGAGACGAGAUUCACCUUAUCACCUUCGGCUUCCAGACUUACCACAAUGAUGACAGGUUCGCCCUGACCUUCGAGCAGCCCAGUGACUGGCGGCUGCGUAUACGCUACGUCCAGCGUCGAGAUGAAGGGACCUACCAGUGUCAGGUGUCCACCCAUCCUCCCCUGAUCCGCAGCAUCCACCUGCAGGUGGUUGAGGCCGCCAUCCAGAUCCUGGACGAGCGCGGGGUGGAGCUAAGAGAGAAGUUCUACCGUGCAGGCUCCACCAUCGAACUCCAGUGUCACGUGGCCGACGUUCCCACGGCAACCUCGCUCCAAAUGGCAUGGUACCAUGGCAACCACAGACUCAACUAUGACGACUCCCGGGGCGGCGUCAGCGUCAAGACGGAGCUGCGAGGUUCUGUGGCCCGGUCGUGGCUCCGAGUUAGUAACGCUGUCAGACAAGACUCCGGUACUUACUAUUGUAACGUUACCCACCUGGCGGCUACCAGCGUCACUAUACACGUGGUACCAGACGAGUACCCGGCGGCCAUCCAGAGAGGGUCCAGAGCAUCUUCGUGGAGAGGCAUCAUGUUGCUGGCCUGCCUCGCCUCCUCCUUCCUCCACACCUUCCUCUCCUGCUGCUCUCCGCCACACAGAUAAAGUCGGCUUCACCGCUGGAGGUCGAACCAAGAAAAGUCAAGAGAACUCUGAGGCUGAGGAAAGUUUGAAAGGAGCGUAUCUUAUUUUCUCUUCCUCCGCACUUCCUCACUCUCUCUCUCCCUCACCUCUCCUGCUACUGGUGCUGCUUCGUCUGCUACUUUUAAUGUGUUCUGUUAUACCAGUUUAAGACGGUCAGAGACGGCGAAUGUGCUGGACGCAGUACCAAGAAAAGGCAAGAAGGGUGAAGUGUCUUGUUGAUAGAGUUGAUACGUCUACUGCUACACUUUUUGCGUCUGUUACGUCUACUGCUACAGUUUCUACGUCUAUUGAUGACGAUGAAGACGUUUAUGGUUAUAACAGUGGUGUAGUUAAGUAAAGUCAGUUCGCUCCCUCGUUCUUUGUUGUUUCUGCUUGUUCUGUUGCUGCUACUGUUGAUUCUGCCGUUAUUGUUGAUGUCGAUGCUCCUUUUUUGUGUUGGUGCUGCCUCUGAGCUCCCUAUUAAUGGUUCUACUGUUGCUUGUGAGUCACAUGGAACCCAGAAAGGACGAACUGAAACGUCUAUCGUACAAGAACUUAUUCAUAACUUAUUCUUAUCAUAAUAUAAACCUUGGAAAUGUCUGUAGCCCAUGAUGAACCUGUUGAAACUGUUCCAUGUGAUCCUGGUACUGUUUCUGAAGAGGCUGCUACUGUUCCUGAAGAUGGUGUUACUGUUCCUGAAGAUGGUGUUACUGUUCCUGAAGAUGCUGCUACUGCUACUGCUGCUGGAUCUGAUUCUGUUGCUUCCACUGAGUGUUCAUGUUGCAGGACACACCACUCAGGGAUGGAGAGUUGUGUUAAAAAAGUUCUUCACAGAACCGAAUGUCGCCUGUGUAAUGGUGCUGUUGUUGGCCGGUGUCUCCCUCAAGUCUUGUGUUUACCUCCUACAAAUCUUCCUCCAUUGCUCCUCAGUAAAUUUGUUGUCACCGUUGCUGCUUGUGUGUCUCUUGUCCUGUUCUUGCAAUGCAACUUCUGUUCUAGCUUAUUAUAUUGCAAUUAUUACAUCUGUUUUGUCUCAUCUUCUAUAAACAUUUGCUAUUUCUAUUGUAACUGCCGCUGCUAUUUGUGUUCUUCAAAUAAUUUUUUUGUUGGGGAUAGUUCUCAGACUUUUCUGAUGUUAUUCUCGUGGAAUUUCUUGUUCCUGUUGUAGCUACUAAAUCUAACGUUAGUUCUACAUCUGGAGCUCCUGAAAACAAUCCUGAUUGUUAUUUAUUUAACAAUAAAUACUGUUGUUAGCGUCUAGGUGACAAUUAAGUCGUGACAUAAAUAUGACGCUAAGAAAGUUUAUCUGAGCGCAGUCACAUGAACUUAGAGAGACAAGAAGGUGCGAGAGAUUUACUUCUGCUCAUUCAAGGGAGAGGAAAUAAAGUUUAUCACCGUAUUUGUGACGCUAACGAGAAUGAUCUCGAUUUUAUAACAAGAAUUAAAGCCACACUCCUGAGAACUCAACAUAGCUUUUAAGACGAUUCCAGUUUACUUGAGAGUUAAAAAUAAAACCAGAUUUUUUGUCCAGAAUGUCGUGUUAUCAGGCCUCACUUUGGCCACUACAAAGUGACGUGUUACAUGGAAGACAGUGGGGAUAUACAAAGGUCGGGUUAUGUUCCUCAGUAGUGAAAUACAUAGAAAGUCACUGCAUCAAACAUGCACGCUCCUCGCAUAUAUACAUACACAUAUACAGCCUCACACACAUAUACCCAUCCCCCACUUAUACAUAUAAACUACCCACAUAGAUACACCCAUCUCUCCUGCUCCACAUACAUACAUACACUCCCUAUACACACAAAAAACACCCAUCCAUACACAUACGCCCUACACACAUUAUAUA